GCCCUGCUACACGUCUGCGGGCACCGAUCAACGUUGCCAUGCUGCUCCAGGCCCUGGAGGUGCUGCAGUCUUCCCUGCAGACGCUGCAGAGCCACCCGGCCGGCCUGCUGAUCAAUGGGCUGGCCCUGGCGCUGCUGGCUGUGACAGCCCUUCAAGCUGUGGCGGCGGUGAUCGGCUUCGUCUACGCCUACUUCCUGCGCCCCGGACGCAACCUGAAGUUCUACGGCCCUUGGGCAGUAGUCACUGGCAGCACCGAUGGCAUCGGCAAGGCCUACUGCGAGGAGCUGGCCAAGAAGGGCCUCAACCUGGUGCUUAUCUCUCGCACCGAGUCGAAGCUGAAGGAGGUGGCGGCGGAGCUGUCCGGCAAGUUCGGCGUCGAGGCGCGGUACGUGGCGGCAGACCUGUGCAAGGCGGGGCCCGACACCUUUGCCAAGAUCGGCGCCGCGCUGGAGGGCCUGGAGGUGGGCUUGCUGGUGAACAAUGCGGGCAUGUCUUACGACCACUCCGAGUACCUGGAUGAGAUGGAUGCGGGGGUGGUGCCAGACAUGGUGACCAUCAACGCGCUGGUGCCGACCAUGCUGUGCCACAUGGUGGUGAAGGGCAUGCGGGAGCGCGGGCGAGGCGCCAUCGUCAACGUCGGCAGCGGCGUGUCCACAGUCAUGCCCCAGGCGCCGCUGCUGGCAGUGUACGGCGCCACCAAGGCAUACGUGGACAGCCUGUCCCGGUCGCUGGAUGCCGAGUACAGCCCCAUGGGGGUGAGGGUGCAGAACCAGGCGCCCAUGUACGUGGCAACCAAGAUGUCCAAGAUCAAGCGCGCCCGCCUGGAUGCGCCCAUGCCCGCCACCUGGGCCGCCGCCGCGGUGAAGCAGAUUGGGCGGGAGACGAGCUUCACGCCCUACUGGUUCCACGGCUUGCAGUCCCUCUUCGUCAAGCUGGCCCCCACCUCCCUCAUCAACACCAUGGUGAUGAACAUGCAGCAGGACCUGCGCGCCCGCUACCACCGCCGCCUGGCGCGCCAGCAGGCCGAGGCGGCGGCGGCGGCGCUGGGCGACGAGCCGCCGCCCAGCGAGAGCAAGCGGGAGCUGCGCCGCCGCAAGUGA